UUGUAGCAAAAAAACUAUGGAACAUUGUACGGAUCGUUUUCUUCAUGUUAAAGACGGGGAUAUCAAAGAGCAAAAUAAUGGUUGAUCUCCAUUUUAUGCUCAAGAAAGGUAAAUAUAAUGCAAGCAAAGCAAUAAGCAAUCUGGUGUCCCACCACAAAGUCCACGACCAUUUAUCUUCCUUGAGUUGCCGAUCCAACGAUGCUCAUCUCUCCUUCAUUUCCCCAAGAGAAUACGAGUUCAGCUGCAGCAACAGCCCAGCUUUUUACCCUUUUUAUGCUCACAAGCGUAAGCACCAUAAUCACCAUUUCUACCACAACCGCCACCAUUUUGUCAAGUCAUCUAAUUAUCGUUAUGAUGAUGUGACGACGGUCGCGGCGCUGCAAAAGGUUCUGGAGAUGUCGAACAAUGAGGCGGCGGUGGAGGCGUCUCCCAUGGUUUUGUCAGGGUUUGGAAGGAGUCCGGUGGUGAGGCAACUGAGAGUGACUGACUCGCCUUUCCCGUUAAAGGACGAGGGAGAUAGCCAGGUGGAUAAGGCGGCCGAGGAGUUCAUAAACAAGUUUUACAAGGACCUUAAGUUACAGAAAAGAAUGUCUUUUUCCUUUGAGUCUCCUGCUCAUAGCACAUGGAGUCGAUGGUGAAUUGAUUUUUAAUGGUUCAAAGGAGCUAUACCAUGACAUAUAUAAACCUCGUUUCUACACACUUUCCAUUCUUCCUCUGGGAAAAUUAUCUUCACACCUUCAAACGAAAACCAAUCUCAAACCAAAUCAGGACAUGAUUUGCACAUACCAAAUACUUUCACUUUUGCACUUCGAGUGAGAAAUUUUUAUCUGACAAAGUUUGGUUACUUGGGGUGGUUUUUUAAAGUGUAUUUUGCCUUUUUGUAAUUUGAUGAUUAAGAAAACCUUUUAGCUAUUAAUAUUCGUAUAACUUUUUUGGGUACCGAUACGCAAGUAGAGAAUUUUCUUGAAUCAUUUUUCA